CAAAGCGCUCCAGAACUUGGAGUGAACGGACCCGGUCGCCUGGCGAAAUACUCGGUUCACCGAUACCCGCGGGUCUGCCCAAUUGAUCCAAAGCGAACGUUUUCAGAGCCUCAGAGGGGCGAACAGUAGCUGAUGGCUUGACAGCAGAGACGCACCCGCAAACUCGUCCACGUCCAGUAGUUCAAUGACAGCUCUUAGUGACGGAGACCCAUUCAGUUCAGAGCUAAGGUGGAAAAACGCAUCAACUAAUACCCUGUUCCACAUACACACGCAAGGGGAAAUUGGAUGGCUUGAGAAGCCAGCUCUUUUCUCUGAUCAUAGAGUCUGUCAGCUCUCUGUUCAAAUGUGCAUUUUCCGCCAAACAACGGACACUUGUUUCCUCGUGUUCAAACUGGUUUUCCAGCCGUGUCGCUCUGCAUCCAUCUUCAUUUGCGGAUAAGGCUGAUACUACACGUGAGGAAUGAGCUCUUCAAGGAAAGAGAUUACUCAUAACUCGUCAAGAAUAAUGCAGUGCAUCUGGUGGGAGAACAAAAAUCCCUUGUCACUCACUCAAGAUUGACUUGUUAUGCUUCCACUCCAACCUUGUACAUAUGAAUGUGACUGUACUGUGUAGGGUGUACGCAAGAGGCAAGAAGCAAGAAGUUCAUAGCCCCGCCCAGAAGCUCCAGAAGAUGUGAUUUCUUCUCAAGGAGUUAAGCAAUACGAAUAUCCACACCGACGAGUCAUCAAGUGGGAAACGAAUCCUCCUUUGACUUCCCCAGAAACUUGUAUGUGUCAUCUUUUUAAUGAAAAACAUUCGGCCCUCUGUGGAAGUAUGGGAAAACCAGUGCGAUUGUGUUGGGCUUUAAGUGUCAGAGAAAUAUUUGAUCAAUUCAAUCAUCACUGACCGGUUAAACUCGGUAGUUCGGAGUUUUUUCAAUUCGGUGGACGUCCUCUUGGAUGACCGAUUAGCAUUGAGCUCGACAAAGUGAGAGUCCCGCGAGUGAAUCGGGCCCUUGUCCAAUAUCUCUGGGUUAGGUCAACUACCUGUCAAAAAUUUUUGGUGACCAGUCUGGAUGUGCUUCCAAUUUUGGAAUUUAUGACUUUAUGGACUCGAGUCUUGGGGUCCGUCUUCCUCGUUGGAAGCCAAGAGGACAAACUCUGUUAUCAUUGUCAUAAUCGUCAUCGUUAUCACGGGUGCUAGUGGUGGUGAUGAUGAUGAUGAUGUCCAAGAAGUCUUUUGGUCAAGUGAGUGGUGCUAACACUCUAGAUUUGUCUUCAUGUUCGUCAUCCUCUGGUCAAUCAAAGAUGGUUGGUCGCGCAGAAUGUUCGGUGGUGCUUGUGGGUGAUGCGAAAUGUGGUAAAUCAUCCCUCAUUCGAAGGCUCACACAAGACGAGUGGACAGAGGAGUAUGUGCCAACCAGUUUCGACAAAGUCCUGGCAACUCAAGAGGUGAAUAAGCAGAAGGUGGAUCUGAUUCUCUGGGACACUUCAGGCUCUCCAGCGUACGAUUCGGUUCGUUCCCUCUCAUAUCCUGAUGCGGAUGUGUUUUUAUUGUGCUACAAAAUCACUGAUCCAAUAUCCCUCCGGAAUGUGAAAAGCAAAUGGGUUCCGGAAAUCCGACGACACGCUCGUCAAUGUGUGCCCAUCAUUUUGUGUGGGUGCCAAUCAGAUAUGCGAACCGAUCCGAGGACAAUAGAUCAACUAUCCAAGGUCGGUCGAGGUCCUGUGAGCCAAGAUCAAGCAUUGGGUGUCUGCUGUGACAUUGGGGCGGUCAAUUUCAUUGAAACCAGUUCAAAAUCCUACGAGGCCACGAAAGAGGUACAAGAGGCCUUUGAGUUAUGUGCCCUGGCGGCCAUCAAAAGCGGGAAAUGCGAAUUGCAGAGAAGCCCCUCUUCGGCUUCCUCCUCUACGACCAACACGAGCCAUAAACAAGCCUUGAACAACUCCUUUGGGUCUCAAUCAGACUUGAGCUUACCCAAGAAGUCGGGGGGAGGGAGUGCCAGUUCGUCUCUGAAGAAGAAGUUGGCCAACAUCUCCUUUUCAGGAUCCGAAAAUGAGCCUGUCAUAAAUUCGGUGCCUCCCAUUCUGGAGGACGAUGUCUUUCCCUGUUUAUCUACUAGUCAGGCUCGAUCUCCCAGACUUCAAAAUGAGGAUAAGAGGAGGAUCAGAAGCAAAUCCCAACAUCGAGUCUCAAUAGCCCCUACGAGGAAUGAGUUGGCCUUUCUCGACGAGUCUCCAUUAUUCACGAGUACCACUCACAGGGCUGUCAAUGGAUCCAAUAGCCCGGGAGAUUGUAAUCCCGGCUCUCAAUCACCUGUAGGCUCAGCCCAUGUGCGUGCCAAUGGUCUUAGUCGAAGAACCUCUUUCCGAUCUCAAACGCAACGUCAGGGCUCGAUUCCUGUGGCGUCACCUAAAUCUCCCCUGGGAGGCAGUGUCUCCAGCUCCAGUUGCUACGAUCUCAAAUCCCCGGCAAUAGCUGAUCAGACUCGCGCCGGUGUAGGUCAAGUACAUCUGGAGAUGAAGCCCGCCCAUGGACCUAAGGUACUCGGGUUUGAGUCACUCAAGUCUCAUGCCAGUACCGGCAGCCAGGGCAGUACCGGCAGUAAAACGUCAACCGGCAGCAGUUACGGAUCAACUUCCAACGGAAAUAACUUGCUACGACCAAUGGCCAUGAUUAAAGACCCUACCGUGCCCGACACGGAGGAUCCAGAGUUGCUGCGUAAUCUUCAUUAUGUCUCACCCAAGGCCGGCGUGUAUCGACCCGUCAAUCCCAAUAUGAAUGGCAUUGGCCUCUUGAGCGGAUCUGCGGGGUCUGCAGGUCACAACAGUAGUGGUAUUGGAACGAGCAAGGGCAAAAAGAACUGCUCGGUCAUGUGAAUCUGCGAAUCAGCCCAUUUGAUCUGAAAUGCACCCUGCAACUGAGGAUCAAUGACAACGUGGCGAACUUAAUUGGGAGUUUCAAUCGCAUCAGUGCGACACACCAUCCCGUCGCUUCUGAACUCGCAAAAAACACUUCAACAUACCAACAUAUAGGAUAGGAUCGGAAUUGGCUUUGACAUUUGCCAGCAAGGUGUUGGAAGUGAAACCGACCAACGCCCAUGAAAUUGGUCUCCGUGUGUGCAGUAGUGGUAGACAAUAAAUCCUCAUUGUUCCUGUCAAUGGCUUGAUUCAAAGGGACUUUAAAUGGAGGGCCCUUCCACGGUAUCUAAACGACAAGUCGUCGCUUUAGAAAUGAUUCUCUGUGCGAGCUUUUGCUUUGGCUUCGACCCUUCAUUGAAAUGAGGCCACGACGCCACACAAAAUGUCUUCUGUGAUAUUUAACUUGUUUUUCUAAAGAAACCAUUCAUUAAAAAAUCUUUUUAAUAAAACAUCAAUCAGCGCUA